AUGUCUUUCCUGUCAGUCCUCAUUGUCCUCGCCUGCUUCCGAUGUCCGUCUCCCCAUGGCUGGCGCAUCCCCGCAACCGAGGUGAGGUACAAGCUGGCCGAAAAUAGCCCGCCCGGACACUUUCUGGGCGCUGUCGCCGGUUCCUCGCCCCAAAAAGGUGUCACCAACUCCUUCGGUGCACCCUCGCAGCUCUUCCAACUGGACCCACUCACCAGCGAGCUCUACCUCAAAUCGGAAAUCGAUGCUGAAAAGCUGUGCGCAUUGGCCACGCGGCGAGAAGACGAGAAGGGUGGUCCGAACGGGGGUUUAACCGACGUCGUUACCUGCACGCCAUCAACGGGUGAGCUUUCAGUGCAACUGGACGUGAACUCACUCCUUCCAGACGGCAGUCUUCAGGCCGUCUUCAGGGUCACCGUGGAGAUUCUUGACGUGGACGACAACCCACCGCGGUUCGAUCACCAGACGGUCUGGAGUCGCCACCUCAAGGAAGCUCUCUACCGCAAGGGCCGGAAAAUCGACCUACCCAAAGCGAGAGACAUCGACCUCCUGCCCCAACACCGCAACAUCCAAUACAUCCUCGAGCAGAACCCACCGUCAGCUGAAGGCGUUUUUCACUUCGAAGUCAGCGAGAGGGGCACACCGACACUCGUUCUGCUGAAAGACCUCGAUGCCGAGACCCAGGAGUUCUUCAAUAUGACGGUGGUUGCCUUCAAUCCACCUCGAAGUUCUCACGGGAAGUACACACCAACCAGGGCUUCGACGGACCUCGAGUCGAGACUGAGGGUGGAAAUCUACGUCGUGGACACGAACGACAAUGAGCCGUACUUCGAGAAGACUAGCUACAACGUCACGGUGCCCGAGAACACCCUCCCUGGAACAACCAUCUUCCACCUCAAAGCUCACGACGAGGACAGGACAGCGAAAUUGGAGUACUUCCUGGUGGAAUCGGAGUCCUCGACGACGUCCGCGACGACGUCGACCUUCGAGGUGGAGAAGAGCGGGCGUGUGGUGCUGCGCCGGAACCUCGACUUCGAGUCCCGCCAGACAUACCGACUGCCGGUGCGCGUCACCGACGGCGACUUCAGUGCCGACUCCACGCUCAACGUGGUCGUCGCCGACGUCAACGACGAGGCUCCUCGCUUCGAGCUCAACCCCAUCCAUCUCGUGGUUGAGGAGGGGGCCUCUGCCAAGCGCUCCAUCGGCCAGCUUCGCGUGUACGACCCGGACAGCGUGAUGGUGAACGGGGUGGUGCGUUGCAAGGAGCCGGAGGAGUGGGCACACCGCCAGGCCCUCACCUUCUCGCCCGACCCCCAGACCCACCCCACGGUCGGCCUCUACGACCUCCAGACGCGGGUGGAACUCGACCGCGAGGGGUCGGACACGGUAGAGGGGGGCUACGCGCUGGUGCGCCUCGUCUGCUGGGACGGCAACGAGCUCCAGACUGGGGGUCCCCGACUCACCGCCACCAUGACCACCACCCUCACCAUCAAGGACAUCAACGACAACCGCCCCACCUUCUCGGAGCCCAUCUACCACGUAAACAUCGCCGAGAACAACCACCUCGGCGCGAAGAUCAUUCAGGUUGAGGCCUACGACCCAGACGAUGGGGAGAACGCCGAGGUGACUUAUUCCCUCCUCGAUCACGCCAACUUUCACGUGGAUCCCGUGUCUGGCUGGGUCACCGCGGCGACUGAAUUCGACAGGGAAAAACGCGACUCCUAUCAGGUUACAAUCAUCGCGUCUGAUAGCGGUUUCCAGCGGCUGACAAGUUCGGCGCUGCUGAACGUGACGAUCCUGGACCAGAACGACAACGCACCGGUUUUACUGCCAUGCGACAAGGUGUCGAAUCCUCUUGUCAUUUGGGAAAAUUCACCGGUAGGCAGCCUGGUGGGGCACCUCGUUGCCACCGAUGCCGACACUGGCAGGAACGGCGAAGUGGUCUUCAAACUGCCGCAAAAAUCGUCGUCAUCUUCACCGUUCGAACUGCAGCCAAAUGGAUCGCUUUUCACGGCACUACCGCUGGACAGGGAGCAAACGGUGAGGGACCGUGGAGGCCCGAAUGCCCUUUCCACCUCGGAGACCGUCUGCAUCAGGGUGUUGGACGAGAACGACAACGAUCCGCACUUCGUGCUGCCCGACCGCCUCUACUCCCACGAUGACUGGUUGGCGGAUUCGUCGCCAGCGUACCUCUGGAAGCGGGAGUCGGUUGAUGUGGGUGCGCACGGAACCAAGCUGGCCAAGACGACGGAUCCGGUGGGAGCGGAGGCGUUGGAGCCCUCGCUGAGCGUGUCCAUCCACGAGACGAACGGCCAGCUCAUCACGAGGCUGGAGGCCACCGACCCAGACGAGGGUCCGAACGGCCAAGUGGUGUACGCGCUGCAGCGACACGCGCAGUCGCGCGCCAGGGUGAAUCGCGCCGCCGGCGACUUCCUCACCGUCGACACGGCCACCGGCGAGGUCUGGCUGCGGCGGUCCCUUCAGGAGGAGGACCUCGGCCCCCACGUCUUCGUGGUCUCCGCCAAAGACCAGGGCACCCCGAUGUCGCGCUUCGAAAACAAGCUGCUGCUGGUGCUGGUGGAGGACAUUCCGCCGCGGGCGCUGGACCGAGGCGCGAGUUCGAGCUUCGUCGCCUCGUCCGGAGACGGGGGCGCACUCGCGUCCCUCUUCCCCUUCAAGCUGGGCGAGCGCAAAAACGUUCUCCUCCUCGUCGGCCUCAUCUCCGUCUCCGUCGUCCUCGCCACCGUCCUCAUCGCCGCCAUGAUCUGCAUGCUCCGGCCUUGCAGAUCUCUAUCCCGACAACCGAGGCGGUUCUUCAGCCAACAUCGGAUGUCGCCUUCAGGCGCGGCCAACUGUUCAAACCUGCAGGUCCAUUCGUCAACCAACGGCGUCAUUUCACCCCAAGAAACCCGACUCAUUGACAACGCGUCGGCGGAUAACUUUGUCGGUCACGACUACGGCUACGGGACAACGAAUGCGCAAGCUGACAUCAUCGACAGCGAUGGCUGGCUGGGCGAUGGGAAGGGCACAUUUCGCGUGGUCAAUGCCGACACCACCAGUGCAAUGAGUGAGGAGGCUGGCAGUAGGAGGCCACAGUUGUGGACAAAGUACAAUUCCCUUCCACGUGAUCGGUGCGGCAGCCCUUUCGGCCUCGCCCAAGACAACGCCUGCUCCACGGCCGCUGGACUGCUGAUGACGCCGCUGAACGAAAUGGACGAGAUGUCGCACGACGCCAGCCAUCUGAGGCCGGCGGAGCGCUGGACCGCGGUUACACUUGCCGCCGAUACGAACUUCCAGUCCAGUGAGGCAUCGCACAUCGCCGUGCCGGUGACACUGCUUCCCGCAGUCUGUUUUUCACCGAAUUUGGCCCAGUCAGUGGUCACUGCCAGCAACCCCUUCACCAUGACCACCUUCCAACCAUCGGGCAGCAAGUCCCACGACAUGGAGGUGCUGCUGGCAAGAGAACGCGAGCAUGCUUCAGAUUCUGGCCAGGGUGGCAGCGACGAAGACAUCCACGGAAAUCCUCCACCACCGGUUAUCAACCUCGUGAAAAGUGGGUUCACUGUUUUGGAGGCUUUAAAACGAGCCGGCGGCACAAAUAUAGAGGCCCUAGUGAGAGGUAGAAUAACUGGUCACCCUCUCUGCCUUGCAGUUCCCUACAAGUUGGCAGCGAACGGUGAAGAGGAUCCAUGGAAACGGGCAGGGGGGUGCACGAGGAUGUCCACCGACGACCUCCUGCGUUUGACAACAAAACGGCACGUCAGCUCGCCAAAACCGGUUGGCGAGACACCACCGGGCGCUGCCACCGUCCCCGACUUGGUCAGCGUCGCACACCGACGGCUGCCUGAUUGCUAG